AUGACGGGCGCACUAGAGCAGCACCCCGAGAUCGAUGACGUCAUCAACAAGCGCCACUGCCGCGAGAUCGAUGAGGUCAUCAACAAGCGCCACUGCCGCAGCUUCGACUUUAUAGAUUCCCUCGACGACCCCAAGACGGCGCUCUGCGGAACCUUCCCCGACCCCCCCUCCUCCGAAUGCCCUUUCCCAGACCCCCCCACGGCCUUAGAAUGCCCUUUCCCUGACCCCCCCACGACAUUGGACUGCUCCUUUCCCGACCCCCCACCCUCCGAGCACCUGCCAUCGAGGGCCAAGGAUGGGUUCUGGAACACUCUGGCUCACCCGACGGGGGGAAAGGACAGGGACGUUGCUAGGGAAGUUGCUAAGGAGGGGUUCUGGAACACUAUGGGCCGGCCGGGCCACCUGCGCUUCUCCUCCCCCGACCUCUUCAACACCAAGCUGCCGGUUUCCACGGAGACCAGCAACACGGGGUUGUCGUCGUCCUCUGAGGCCCCAAGGGCUGAUGGGAGAUCGGGGAAGGCAUCGUCGUCGUCGUCUCGCUCCAAGAGCACGCCGCGCAUCAGAGCCACGCUGACCCCCGUGCCCAUCGCCGUCUCGCCCCCGUCGGCACGGCGAUCCAGGGAUGCCCAUCAGCGGCCGCCCUCAUUGGACGCCCAGCGGAGGUCGGAGAGGGACCCCUCCUCCUCCUCCUCGACCUAUCAGAGCCGCGCGCUGGUGAAUGAGGUGCAUCCCAUUAAACUGCAGCCGCACGCGCCGUCUACGCUCUACGUCACAGACUGCUUUGAGGAGCCCAAGCAGCAGCAGCAGGCGUCAGUUCCUCAUGUGCGUUGCCGCGUGGACAUCAAGCCGGACGCCGCGGUGAUCCAGCAGGCCCGUAGGCCCCCGCCCCCCCGCGACCUGGCCUGGCAGCGCUACUCCACCUCGGGCAUCUCCAGCCUCUCCGUGCCCCCCCUGCGCUCCGGCUCCCGCACCCCCACCCCCAGCGAGUGCUACACCGUGGACUACCGCCACCCCCCCUCCUCCUCCUCCUACGCUGCCCAAAACCCGUACCCGUUAUACCCCCCCGGCUGCAUGCCCCCUCCUCCCGGGCCCUACGUGCACCCCUACGCGGAGGCCCCCCCGCUACGCUCCCCGUCCCCCUCCCCUCUGGAGCCCCUGGGGAGGGAGUACCGCACCCUCUCCGCCCCCAACAUCCCCACCAAGUUCUUCUACACGGAGGACCCCGCCGCGUGCCGCUACCCCCACCCCCACCCCCACCCCCACCCCCAGGCCCGCCCAUAUUGCUAUGACGACCAGUACAGCCUGGCCAGCAGCAGCAGCCACAUUCCAUCCCUCAACGGCGGCCAUUACGACCUUCCCCGUGACCCCCGCGACCCCCGAGCGCGCUGGGUGCACACGCUGCCUGUGCGUCCGUGCUACGGUGACCUGAGGGUACGCCGCGACCCCGCUGUUGCCGACGGUUACUACAGCCGGCCGUACUCGCUCAGCGAGCCGGGACCCUACUACGUACACCCUGCACAGCCCCCGCGUGGGUAUUAUCGGGACCCGUACAUGGCCGACUCCAGGGGGGUGUACGCGGCCGACGGCUCCAAGGUGUUCUACACGCGGCCCUCGUGCCACUCUGUAGCGGAGUGUGGCGCCCCCUUGGGGCCCUACUACCACCCACGCAGUUCACAGGUGUUCUCGGAGUCGGACUGGCAGCGUUCCAGCAUCUCCGGCUUCUCCAGUCACUACGGCUCAUCGCAAGCCCUGACCCCUCCGAGGAUGCGUCACCAUGGCGACCCCGCGCUGACCCCCUGGUACCCCAACGACUUCAGUGAGCCCAGUCGCCUUGGCAACUACUCCAAGUCCUGGGACAACAUCCUCACGCCACAGGCCGCCGAACGAGAGCCGCCGCCCAUGUUCCGAGACCCCGCCGCAUUCCAGAGAGGGAGGAGCUAUGACAACCUGUUCAGCGCUCCGAGGCACACGGCCCCGCCCCCACCCCCCGACAUCCGGCAACAGCCAAUCAUCGUCAACCUGUCCAGCUCCCCUCGCCGCUACGCAGCGCUCUCCGUCUCCGAGAACUCCCUGGACCGUUGUCAUGCCGACAGCAGCUUCGGCCUCGGCGGCGGCGUUCGUGGCAGCAUAAGCCGUGGGCAUUGGUACGUCACGCCCGAGAUCACCAUCACCGAUAACGACCUGCGAGCAGCCAACCAACGCAAGCGGAACACGGAGCAGCUCGGAACGCGGAACUCUGUGAGCUGGGGGACCAGUAGCGGAAGUCACGGUAACGGCAACAUCGUGCGGUCGCGCCCCCCUCAGCUCCCUCAGCCAAUCAGUGUGGCCGACGUGGCGAAGGACAAGAGGAGCAACCGCUUCUCCCUGCAGCAGAGUCUGGAGCAGCUGGACGAGCUGCUGGCCGACUUAGUUAUCGAUUACAAGCCCCCGACUACACCACACACACCCUCCACCCCACACACACACACACCCUCCACCCCACACACACACACUCCCACCCCCAGCAGCAGGCGGGGCAGCACCGACCUCCUCGACCAGCUCAAACAGCUGAUCAGCGACGUUGACCUCACCAGUACCGCUGUCGAUGACGUCAUCCCGUUGCUACGGGACACGCUACGGGAGUGCUCCUCGGCCAAGACGAGUCCCGACACGCCGCGCGACCCCGACAGCGGCUGCUAUGGCGACGGCGUGCAGUUCGGCCAGGACGAGCUCUCGGCCAAUCACAGCAGCCCCGACGAGCUGUCCACCAAUCACAGCCCGGACGACGACAAUGCGAACUCCAUGACCUGCUCCAACGCCCGCUGUGGACGCACAGAGACGCUCUUCAACGCAUGCCUCUACUUCAAAUCUUGUCACAGCUGCUACACGUUCUACUGCUCGCGCGGCUGUCGUCGUGACGACUGGGACGUCCAUAAGGAGCAGUGUGUGUACGGUCGAGUCAGCAGCGCCUGCCGCCACAUCCUGAAGCACUGCAGAGAGACCGCCGCCAUCCACAAGGCCUUCUCACGCGUGGCCAAGGUGGGUUUCCUGUCGCGUGGUCGUGGUGUCCUGUUCCUCGGCUUCCCCAACUCCGGCGCCGCAGAGAACUUCGUGAAGGUGGGACUGGACAGCCUGCUCAUGUCCCCCACAUACCUGUCACUACGGGAACUGGAUGGCUUCAAGGAUAACCUGGGUGACUACUGUGGCCAGCUACAGGAGGCGGGAGCGGAGUACGACCCUAACGAGUGUUUCCUGCUCAACGUGUCCAUCGCCGUGGGCGACCUGGUGCCCAACAAGCCGUCGCCACGGUUACAGACGCCCACGGUGCGCAAGUACGCCAAGGUGUCGCUGGCGUCGUCCAGCCCGGACAAGAAGGUGUUCCGAGGUCGCGGCGGCGCCGAGAGCGACAUGGAGACGCUGAUCCUCACGCCGCCGCCAGGCAUGCUGGAUGUGGACGAGAGCGGAGAGGAGGGACGCAAGGCACGCGAGGUGUGCUUCAUCAACAUCCAGCGUGAGCUGCGUACGCGUGGCGUCUUCCUGCGUCACGAGUACCCCCAUAUCUACAAGCAGCUGUGUGACUUUGUGGACUCCAACCGGCGUUUCACGCCCACCACCAUCUACCCCGUGGACAAGCGCAGCGGGAAGCAGUUCAUGUGCAUGAUCAUGGCAGCCUCCGAGCCCCGCACGCUAGACUGGGUCGCCACCACCCCGCACCUCCUCGACGACAUCAUCUGA